UUCAACUUUUCUUUGCUUGGCGAUUAUAUUCCGUAUUAUUUACGGAAAGCCAGAUGUUGGGUUUCGUCUUGACUGUGCUCGGAUAUAUUAAUGAAAGUUUCUUAACAAUGCACCGGCUGUUGGGACUUUUUCUUUAUUUUUCUUUACCUGCCUCUGGGCUUUGCGAUGUACACUUUUUUUUUUGCUGAAAUCGUUGAUGUUAAAUUGAUGCCAUAAUAUAUCCAUCGUUUCUUUUGUUUUAAAACAAAACCUUCUGAUUAUUGGGGAGGUCGAGGUAGAAAUAGUAAAAUGGAUCGAUAUAAAUUUAACAAAAAGAACCGGGUUGUCAUGAGGGAUAUCCCUCAGUGAGCAACAUGAAUGCGGGGAUUGGAAUGAACGGCAUGAACACUUACAUGAGUAUGUCAGCAAUGGGUACCACAGCCAACAUGACAGCGGGAUCCAUGAACAUGUCUUAUGUGGGCACCGGCAUGAGCCCGGCAAUGACUGGCAUGUCUCCUGGAGCAGGGGCAAUGAAUGGCAUGGGAGCAGGGAUGACGGCCCUUAGCCCAAGCAUGAGCCCGAUGAGCGCUCAGGCCGGAUCUAUGAACGCCCUAACUUCCUACACUAACAUGAGCAUGAGUCCGAUAUAUGGUCAAUCCAACCUCAACAGAUCGAGGGACCCCAAGACCUACCGCCGCAGUUAUACCCACGCAAAACCUCCUUAUUCUUACAUCUCCCUCAUAACCAUGGCCAUCCAGCAAUCUCCCAGCAAGAUGUUGACCCUGAGUGAAAUCUACCAGUGGAUAAUGGAUCUCUUUCCUUUCUACCGUCAGAACCAGCAACGCUGGCAGAACUCCAUCCGUCACUCUCUAUCCUUCAACGAUUGCUUCCUCAAGGUGCCCAGGUCCCCGGACAAGCCAGGCAAAGGUUCUUUCUGGACCCUGCAUCCCGACUCUGGCAAUAUGUUCGAGAACGGUUGCUACCUCCGGAGGCAGAAGCGCUUCAAGUGCGAGAAGAAGCAAGCGCUGAAAAGCUCCCAGGACCCCAACAGGAAAACCUCGGAGGCGGGCUCCACCGGUAGCGGCAGCAGCAGCUCGGAGAGCAGCACCGGCAACGAGUCCCCACAUUCCAGCGGUUCUCCGGGAAGCGAGCAGAAGAGGUCCAUGGUGGAUCUGAAGCCGAGCUCGGCUCUCAGCCCUGAGCACACUCAUGCCAGCAACGCGGUGUCGCAAGCCCAGCAACACUUGAUGCACCACCAGCACCACUCGGUUCUGUCUCACAUCCCUUCGGAAGCCCAGGGUCACCUUAAACCAGAUCACCACUACUCAUUCAACCACCCGUUCUCAAUCAACAACUUAAUGUCUUCCGAGCAACAGCACCACAAAAUGGACUUGAAGGCUUACGAACAGGUGAUGCAUUAUUCUAAUUAUAACUCCCCAAUGUCCGCCAAUCUACCAAUGACCUCCAAAACGGUCUUAGAAUCCUCGGCUAUAGCGAGCGACACGUCUUACUACCAAGGUGUGUAUUCAAGACCUAUUAUGAACUCCUCUUAAAAAAAACUUUCCACGCACAUAAGGACUUUGCCAACUGUGUAUAUUUGUAAUAAUAAUUAAAAAAAAACGUUGUUUGUGGCCAAGCAUUCGAAAAAUAUUUUUGAUGUUUUCAACCUGUUAGAUGUCAAGUUGUUUAGCGAUUUUUAUUUUGGGAAGGGAGGGGGCAAGUUAGAUUGUAUUGUGCGGGGAGCACCGGUUUAAAUGUUUUGUUUUAAAUACAGAGGGGGUCGGAAUAAAGGCAACGUAUCCAUUAUAUUUCUGUGUACGGUUUUAAAUGCACCCUGCAACUUUCCAUUGAGGACCAAAACGAGCAAUCGUUUCCUUUUCAACAAAAAAAAUCAAGCCCUCGAAGGAACGUUGUUGCCAUUUUAACAAAAAAAAAUCUACGAGUAAUUUAUGGUUUGUGUAUGCUUUAUUUAUGGCUUGUAAACGUCUGUUUUGGUAGUGGACUACCGAAAUUUCAGAAUAUAUAUUCGAAAGAAGUGUUAAGUGUUAGAUGUACACAACUAAUUCUGUCAACUGCAGUGGUGAGACUUCUCGCUGACCCGUUAGCUCCCAUAAGCGAAAAGUUUUAAUUGUUCACAAAUUGUUGCACUUUUGGUAAUUUCAUAAAUUUGUCCAAAGCUCUCCGCAAUCCUGGGAGCCGGCGACUUCAUAAUUCCCAUUUUGCUACACGACCUGAAAGUGACUUAAUUUAUUGUUAAACUGUAGAUUUUAGUGCGGAGGAUUUUUUUUCUUUUGUUUUCCGUUGUAAGAAAUUAAAAAAAAACUUCUUUUCUCUU